CAUGCGCAUCGUGGGCGUUGAUCCCAGCGUAGGCAACUACCUGGUGGCCUGUGUCGGGUCAAUGCCAGGCUUCUCACCGCACAGCUACAGUGGCCGGCCACGAGCCGCGCACGUCUGGCGUGGCCCAGAUGGCCCUCCUGGGCCUGCCCAGCCCCCACUGCAGCGACGGCGGUGACGGCAACAGCGGCGAUGGCAGCAGCAGCAGCGGCGGCAGCGGCGACAGCAGCGACGGCGUCGGCGGGGGCAGAAACGGAGGUGGCGGCGCAAGGGUGGCGGGGCACGCGCCAGCACACGCAUCAGCGUGCCGCAACAGAACGGCGCCGCCAGCAGCGCGCCUGCUUUACCCGGCUGUCUGGCGCUGGCUACCGCCACUACACAGGCCAGACAGGCCGUCGGCUGUGGCUGCAGGCACGGCUAAAGGAGCAGCCGGCGCUCAAGCGCUGUCAGGCGGGGAUACCCAGCGCGCGGGUGGCGUCGGCAGCUGACCAUGAGCUGCGAAUACGCUACCUCUACUCUGGAGGUGGCGUGGACGCGGCGGCGGCUGCGGGGUCUGCGCCUGCGCCGGUGCAACAGUACGGGCUGUGGCACCUACUCCGUUUCUACCGGCAGUGGGGCCAGCGGCGGUGGCGCCUGACUGUCCAUGUGCGGACGCAGAAGGUGCUGGAGCACAAGACGCAGCAGCUGGCUGGUGGAAGGCCCAAGGAGGAGGUCAUUGUUGGCUGGGGCAACGCCAACACUGGCUAUGGCGGUUGCAUCAGCAGGUCGGGGCGGGGCCCAAACCGGGCACUGCUCCGCCUGCUGGUGGACAAGUACGCGCACCUGGUGGUGUACGUGGACGAGUUCUACACAUCGCAGGUGUGUGCGAAGUGCGGGCGGCGCUUACUCGGCGACGGGCAGCGCUGCCUGCAGGCGGUCGUGCCAUGGGGGGCUUACGUGCUCACCAAGUCCAAGUGUGCAACCACUGCGGGACGGUGUGGGGACGUGACGUCAACUCCACAACCAACAUCCGGCACGCGCUGGUGGAGAUGCUGCUGGGGCACAAGCGACCUGCAUCGCUGCAGACUGGCGGCGGCGGCGGCGGUGGCAGCGGCGGCGGCGGCGGCGGCAGCAGCGGGGGUGCGUGCGCACAUCUUGGUAGCGGAGGGGGCGGGAAAGGCCACGUGGAGGAGGCGAGCGCAGCGCCGCCCAAGAAGCGGCGCAAGCGCGCAGGCUGAGGAGCCGGCUGGUGUCCAGGUAGCGGUCCGCGGUGGGGCUGGCAGGGCAUGCGUAGCGGCAUGCGUAGCGGCAUGACGAGUACGGUAGUGCGGCUGUUGACAAGUGUGCUGUGUCUGGCUGCGGUUGGCUCUGCUGGACAUCGCGAUUGCUAGGCCCUAGGUGUGGCUAUGUGCCUGUGGAAACCGACCCCGGCUAUGUCCGGGCGAUGAGGUUGUUCGGCCUCAGAGAGUGGAGGGGCUCAGCCCCUUUUCCCGUGACCGGGGAUCACUUGUCUAAGUGACUGGCGCAUUGCGCACGCGCGCGCGUAUUGCGUGCCCCAUAUGUUACAUUGUUAACAAAG